AUGGAUGAAAAACAAACCAAUCCAACUCUGAGACGAUAUUAUCUGUUGAGCGCCGAGCAUCACGAGGACGAACAACAACAGCAACAACAACAACAACAACAACGAAUGAUUUCCAAUCACCAACAAAUUAUUCCCAUUUCGAUCGAUCAUCAUUUAGCAACACCUACUACCCUGUCAAACAAACGACGGCGUUGUUCGAUAACCACCGAACCAACACUCUCCUCGUAUUUACCAUCGAAUACUCCCGAUUUUAUUUACGACCGGAAUCUACCAAUGACAACAGCACGAGGAACUCGAAAACGAUCAGCACAGGACGAUUUGGGUACUCAUGCAACACAUCAUUUUCUUCGCGACCAUGAACACUAUACUCAUAAACGCGCUCGAUACGAACCGUCAAGUAAUACGGAACUAGAAAAUCAACCUCCGUAUGCAACAUUGAAACGGCGGUCAUUACACUUUCAACAUCAACAAGAACAAAACCUUUCCACAACAUGGGACCACCUUCGAGCGUCCAGUGAGAUUCCAUUAUUGUUUAGUAACAUUCUCCCAGCAUUACCACGGUUAAGUACGACGACGACAGCGGCGUCAUACCAUCGAACAAAUAGUGCGCCAAAUCAUGAGCAGACUUUAUCUGAUCAUUAUUCGCCAUUAUUAACCGAACAACAUCAUCAUUCUUCCAUUUUCCAUAGUAAUUCAUUGAUAACAUCGAAUCAAAAGAGUACAAUACCAAAAUCAUCGAAAACAAAUUUACGUUUACUCUCGCCUCAAUCGAAUGGUUCUAGUCCACUACGAACAACAAAUUUCAUACUUGACAACAAACAACAAACAACACUUCGCACAGGAAAUAUUUCUCCGGCUCACUCGGAUUCAUCGAGUGAAUCAACAUCGACUUGCUCAUCCGAUGAGCAAUUGCAUCAUCAUCACUAUCAUAUUCACCAACCACAACCGUGGCGUUCGUAUCGCGAACGUGAAAACUACGAACAAUUGCUAGAUCUAGCCGAGAAACUCUCCGACCCGAAUCGUUUUAAUCAAGUGGAUGUUCAACAGUUCUUUUCCUAUCGUUACAAAACAUGCACAUUAUCCUCGAAACAAACAGCCUGCGUUAUUUGUAUGUCACAUUUUAGAGGUGGACAACAUAUUCGUGUACUUCCAUGUCAACAUGAAUACCAUUCGAAAUGUAUUGCACGCUGGUUUACAAUGAAUUCAUCGUGUCCUAUAUGUCGUCGCAAUAAUUUCCUCUCCUCCUCUUGCUGA